AUGUUGCCGGUGAUGGUCAGCACCAUGCACACGCCGAUGACCAGCACGAUGAUGACCUUUUGCCAGGACUCGAAUGGAGACAGCACCGGCGUCAGGUCUGCGUGUGCCACCACCGCUGUGGUCCAGUUGGUGCCGGAUCCCGAAGCGCCGCCUGUCGUGCCGUUGUCGACGGCCACUGCGACCGAACCGUUGACGACAGUUUGA